CGUAAAAUCACCGUGAAUAAUUUUUUUUCUUGAGGGUAAAAAAUGAAUAAAAGUUAGCAAAGUUACCAACACACAAGGCAUUUUAACCUCCCACCUAGCAAAUCUACCUACCUAUUUACCCAAAGGCGCUCCAAUGCGGGGGGUAAUUUUCGGGUAUCUUGGGCGCCAAGUCAAGCCCGCUCCAAAAAUGUUGGAAUGAAAAGACGCUUCGCGAAGACCCUUAUUUUCUUUUCCUGUCUUUUUAGGUUCUUCCUCUUCCCAUAUUCUCUCUCGCCCACUCCGCCGCAAGCCCAAAUUCCUGCAGAUUUUGGCCUCCGAGACUCGAUUUGAACGCCAACGAAAUGCAGACCGCCGCGCUGGUUCAGAGAUUCUCCCGGAUUUACCGCGACUGUCCUAAGCUCUCCAAGCUUCUCGUCGUUUGUUCCGUAGGUGGUGUGAGCCUUGUGACGUACUCUGUAGCAACAAGUUCACAGCAGCCUGAGGUUUUAAACAAGAAGAAAGUUGUGGUGCUUGGAACUGGUUGGGCUGCAACCAAUUUCCUGAAGAACUUGAAUGAUCCUUCGUAUGAUGUCCGGGUUGUUUCACCCCGGAAUUACUUUGCAUUUACUCCUUUGCUUCCAAGCGUAACCAGUGGCACGGUUGAAAGCCGCAGCAUCACUGAACCCAUUCGUAACAUUAUCAGAAAGAAAAAUGUUGAAAUGCACUACUCCGAAGCCGAGUGUGUCAAGAUCGAUGCGAAAAACAAGAAGGUUUAUUGUCGUUCUGACAUGAACAAAAAUUCUGAUGGGAAGGAAGAAUUUGAUAUGGAUUAUGACUACCUUGUGAUUGCUAUUGGAGCUUGUGUAAAUACAUUCAAUAUUCCGGGUGUUCAAGAGCAUACCUACUUCUUGAAGGAAGUGGAAGAUGCUCAGAGACUCAGAAAGGCUGUUAUUGAAAGUUUUGAGAAAGCCAGUCUACCUAACCUCAGUGAUGAAGAGAGGAAAAAGCUUCUUCACUUUGUCAUUGUUGGUGGUGGCCCAACUGGUGUUGAAUUUGCAGCGCAACUCCAUGAUUUUGUCAGUUCAGAAGCAGCCAGAUUAUACCCAGAGGUCAAGAAUUUUGUGAAGAUAACACUAGUUGAAGCAACAGAUCACAUAUUGAAUAUGUUUGCCAAAAGAAUCACAGCUUUUGCUGAAGAGAAGUUCAAAAAAGAUGGAAUUGAUGUCAAGACUGGAUCAAUGGUUGUGAAGGUUUCAGAUAAGGAAAUCACUACUAAAGAUGCAAAAACCGGGGAGAUAACCUCUACACCUUAUGGAACAGUUGUUUGGUCAACUGGCAUUGGAAUUCGCCUUGUGAUCAUAGAUUUUAUGAAAGACAUUGGCCAGGGCAAUAGACGUGUGCUUGCAACUGAUGAGUGGCUACGGGUUGAAGGAUGUGACAAUGUAUAUGCAAUUGGGGACACUGCAUCAAUUAGUUGGCGGAAAGUGAUGGAUGAUAUUGCAGCCAUAUUCCGCAAGGCAGACAAGGACAACUCUGGGACACUAACAGUUAAAGAAUUUCAAGAUGUCCUUGCAGAUAUAUGUGAAAGAUACCCACAAGUGGAGCUCUACUUGAAAAACAAACACAUGCGUGGCCUGGUUGAUUUGCUGAAAGAAGAAAAAGGCGGUGAUGUUAAGGAGCCCUUGGAGAUCAACAUUGAAGAGUUCAAAUCUGCACUCUCCAAAGUGGAUUCUCAGAUGAAGACUCUUCCUCCAACUGCUCAGGUUGCAAGUCAGGAAGGAGUUUACCUUGCAAAUUGUUUCAACCGGAUGGCUGAGUGCGAGAAGAAUCCAGAGGGCCCUAUUCGGUUUAGAGGAGAAGGGCGCCACCGUUUCCAUCCCUUCAGGUACAACCACAGGGGACAAUUUGCACCUCUUGGAGGAGAGCAAACAGCUGCACAGCUUCCUGGAGAUUGGGUUUCAAUUGGCCAUGUCCCUCAAGCCCUUUGGUAUUCUGCUUAUGCCAGCAUGCAAGUGAGCUGGCGUACAAGAACACUGGUGAUGUCAGACUGGAUCCGGCGUUUCUUCUUCGGGAGAGACUCGAGCCAACUCUGAAGGGAGAUGGUUACUUUCACACACAUUCUUUGAUAAAGUGAUGGAAUUUUUUCGCAUUCGUUUUUUGGUUCACGGUUAUGUCCGAUUUUUGCAGCCGAAUAAGGCUUGCCUGAAAUU